AUGUCCGCCACCUCGGAGCCGUCGGCGGCGGUCAAUGAUGAUGGCGCGGCCACGGAGACGGAGACAGAGGCGUCCUCCUCCUCGUCGUCGUCCGGGAGCGACGACGCGCGAGAGGCCUCGCCGUUCGAGCUGGACAUGCUGAGCGAUAUGGGCGCGGGCUUGUACUACGCCAGCUUAGCGCAGGGGCUGCUCAUAGAGCCGCCGCCGUUAGACGCGCCGUGCGCCGACGACGACAGCCACUGUGACGACCUUGCUGGCGUGGCGCUCUGGUCCUACUGA